UUAAGCAGAGCGAGAGGGUCACAUGGCACAGCUUCCUCUUUGUCUCUCUCAUUCUCAGUUUCUCUUUCUGAACAGCAUUAACCCUUCAUCCACCUUCUGUCCUUUCGUCUCUUCUCUGUCCCCCAAAGUACCUACCUAAUCCAAAUCUUCCCCAAAAUUCACGCCGCUUUUCACAUUCACUGACCGAUUCUUCAGUUAACUCUCUCUUCAAUUCAAUUGAAUGGGCCUCAACCUCUCUGUUCUUCUUCUUCCUCCUCCAUCCCAAUGGCAAACUCCUUCUCCUCCUUGAUCCUCCACCGCCCCCCCAUCAACGCCCUCGAUCUCCUCCUCAUCUUCCUCCACACUCUCUUAUAGCUCUCAACACCCUUUUCCCUUUUUCAUUCUUUUCUGCCCGCAAAAUUUGUUUUUUCUUUACGAUUCGGAUACCCUUUUGGAUUCUCAUAUGGCUUCGGUGUUCGUGUACCACGUGGUCGGCGAUCUCACGGUGGGGAAGCCGGAGCUGGUGGAGUUCCUCGAGAGUGAGACGGUGGAGUCGGCGAUUAGGGCCAUAGGGGAGUCCCCUGAGGGCAGCAUACCCAUUUGGAGGAAGAGAUCUCACGUGGCGAUUGAGAAUAGUGAGAUGAGGCAGCAGAGGUUUGUUGGUGUGCUUAGUUCCUUUGACAUAGUUGCGUUUUUGGCUAAGAGUCAGUGUUUGGAGGAUCAGGAUAUGGCCUUGAAGACUCCUGUUUCUGAGGUUGUUGUCCCUAAUAAUUCCAUGCUCAGGGUUGUUGACCCUGCUACGAGGUUGAUCGAUGCACUGGACAUGAUGAAACAAGGUUUGAAACGUCUGCUUGUUCCAAAGAGUCUAGCAUGGAAGGGCAUGAGUAAGCGAUUCUCAGUAAUCUACUAUGGCAAGUGGCUCAAGAAUAGUGAAUCUCCUAGCAACAGCAGCAACAAUCUACCUCCUAACAUAAAUCGGAGCCCCUCAACUUCUGGCACUUCUAGCCGUGAUAAGUAUUGUUGUCUCUCUAGAGAAGAUGUACUGCGGUUCAUCAUUGGUUGUCUUGGGGCUCUAGCUCCCCUUCCUCUCACUUCCAUUGCUGCUCUUGGAGCAAUUAAUCCAAACUACAGCUAUAUUGAAUCUUCUACUCCCGCCAUGGAGGCAACUCAAAAGCUUCCUCAAGAUCCAAGUGCAGUUGCUGUAAUAGAAAAUGCACCAGAUGGUCAGUGUAAGAUCAUUGGAGAAAUUUCUGCAUGUAAGUUAUGGAAAUGUGAUUACUUAAAUGCAGCAUGGGCUUUAGCAAACCUCUCGGCCGGACAGUUUGUUAUGGGAGUUGAAGAUAAUGUCAGCCCAAGGUCACUGCCUGAUUUCUGUGUAGAUUCAUCAGCAGCUGGAGACAAUGCUUUAGCUAAUGGUGGUGGUUCAAGGAAACCAAAGAAAUUCAGUAGCAGGAGUAUUGGGUUCUUCAACAAUUCUGCAAGCCAUAGCUUUGGUUCCAGGAGCAUGUAUAGGGGUAGAAGUGCACCUCUGACAUGUAAAAUUUCUAGUUCAUUGGCUGCGGUCAUGGCUCAGAUGCUAUCCCACAGGGCAACUCAUGUGUGGGUGACUGAGGAUGAGAGCGACGACGUUUUGGUCGGAAUUGUUGGAUAUGCUGAUAUUUUAGCUGCUGUGACCAAACCACCUGCAACCAUCAUUCCUGUUAACAGAUCUACAGAGGGGUUUGGAAAUGAAAUUCAGUGUUGAUAUUUUGCUUCAACUUUUUCAAUGAGUACUCUUAGCAGUUUGUCUCUGGUGCUCUAUCAUACAUUUAAGAUGAAAAUGGGUUUGGAUUGUUUGUUUGUACAAGUUUAUGUUAAUUGGUAAUUAAAAAAAAAACGAAUACUGUUUUCAUGGAAAAAAAUAGUUUCUAUCUUUAAUGUGGGUGUAGUUUGUAAUGUGCUAAAGAAAUUUGCUCAUCUAAUGGAUAUGUUGUUCUAAACUCA